AUGAAUUCCUAUCAAGAAUCACUCCUCGAACAGAUGCCGCUGGAACGCGCAUCAGACUUUGCUGCUCAUAUGGCUCAUUAUCUUUGGUUUACCGAUAUUCAGAGUAUUCCCUUUUGGAACUUUUCCUACGAUUCCGCUCAACCGCGCUCUCAAUUCAAAAAGUUCUGCCGUGAUUCCCCCCCGAUACAAGGACACCCUGGAUCCGAGUUCAGAGCAUUCACCGUCGCAUUGAUGCUUGCCAACAAGUUUCUCGACGACAACACUUAUACAAACAAGACGUGGUCCGAAGUCACAAACAUCCCCGUAAAAGAGAUCAACAUAAUGGAAAUGGAAUUUCUCAGUUCGCUAGACUUUUCCUUGUUCGUCUCGCUCGAUGAUUACUACAAUUGGGUCUAUUCCAUUGACGCUCACAUUCCCAACAACGACGACUCGAUGAACGACGAUUCCAACGCUCCCGACUGUGCAAUUCCCAUUUCUCAAGCGAUAGACUACAACCUGCAAGUUCAAUCUCAAAGCAUGGUCCCCAUCUCACAACCUCAACAAUUGGUACCUUCUAUGGUUUGCACUUCUACCGCAAUUCCCAUGGAAACCGUACAAUCUUCUGCUCCCAUGGCUGCUGUCUCGACGAGUUACAAGCGAUCCGUUGAUCAGGCAUUCGUCGACGGAGUAAUAACGUCACCGACAAAGAGAUCUAACGCAAGCUCGAAUUAUUCGACCCAAGCACAAACGUUAACAUUGCCAGAUAAUUAUUUUCCAGCGUCAGUAGACGUACAGUCAUCGAAUACUGGACUUGUCUAUGGGAAUACGGCAAUGUAUAAUUUCCAACAAGGCUACGGGAAUGCACCAUCACAAUACACCCUGGUCGAUCCUGUAAGCGUACUAUAUACGGCACGAAGAAUGUCGCUCUAUAACGUGCGUACAUCGGCACUCCCAAUCAAUGCAAUCUCUUUUCAAACGGCUGUGAAUGCUAUCUAG